AUGGCGACUGGUUUUUACGGUUCGGAUGUGUGUAGGCAGUUCAAUAUGCUGGGCUCGUAUAUCAGCUACUAUGAGUUGGCGGAUAUCACCAACAUAGCUGCAGCGCCAUCGUCGCAUAUGCUUCCUUCUGAUUGUUUGGCACAUGUUCAAGAACCUACAAAAGGGUGUGGUUCUGAGUCUCCUUCUGAAGCGUCCGCAUCUGAAGAAUCCGAUUCGGGUGAUGAAACAGGAACUCACAGGACAGCGGUUGCGUUUUCGUCCACUAACGAAGAAGAGCUGAUUUGCAAACUCAAAGAAGCCGAAAACACGAUAUCAGCAUUGCAGGACCAUUUCGAACGUAUCAAUCGUGAUUAUUUCGACUUGGAACAGGCGCUGAAGAAAACUUAUUACAAGGACUGCCAACGCAGCCAGCUUGAGUGUUCAAGGCUACAGAAUGAACUUGAAGACAAAGACCAGCAAUUGUUAGAAUUGUCUAGACGGCAGGAAAUUACCAAACGUUUCUGGGAUGACCGCCAGCGUGAAAUCCACGGAUUGAUGAACGAUGUUAUUCUCAACGUUAAAGACAUGUGUCGCUACCAGGAGCUGUGCAAUCUCUUCAGCCCAGAAUAG